AUGUACUCCAACAGCUCGCAGGAGCCCCCAAAUAACAGGACCCCUGGGCCUUUUGAUGGCCCCCAAUGGCCCUACCAGGCCCCACGGAGCACUUACCUGUCAGUGGCUGUGCUGAUGGGCUUCGUUGUGGUCUCUGCCUCGGUUGCCUUGGUCAUCGUGGUUUCUAUCAGGUACAAGAAACUCCGGUCGCCCCUGAACUACAUCCUGGUGAACCUGGCUGUGGCCGAUCUGCUGGUGACACUCUGCGGCAGCUCCGUCAGCUUCUCCAACAACAUCAAUGGCUUCUUCGUGUUUGGCAAACGGCUGUGCGAGCUGGAGGGCUUCAUGAUCUCCCUGACAGGUAUCGUGGGGCUGUGGUCCCUGGCCAUCCUAGCCUUCGAGCGGUACCUUGUGGUCUGCAGACCCCUGGGGGACUUUCGGUUCCAGCACUGGCACGCCAUCAGCGGCUGCGCCUUCACAUGGAGCUGGUCGCUGCUCUGGACGACCCCACCGCUCACGGGCUGGAGCAGCUACGUGCCUGAAGGUCUGAGAACCUCUUGUGGGCCCAACUGGUACACCGGUGGCAGCAACAACAACAGCUACAUCUUGGCCUUGUUUGUCACCUGCUUCGUGAUGCCCCUCAGCCUGAUCCUCUUCUCCUAUACCAACCUGCUGAUGACACUGCGUGCAGCUGCGGCACAGCAGCAGGAAUCAGACACAACGCAGCAGGCAGAGAGGGAGGUGACACGCAUGGUGAUUGUGAUGGUGAUGGCCUUCCUCAUCUGCUGGCUGCCCUACACCACAUUUGCUCUGGUGGUGGCCACCAACAAAGACAUCACUAUCCAGCCAGCUCUUGCAUCCCUGCCCUCCUACUUCUCCAAGACAGCCACGGUUUACAACCCAAUCAUCUACAUCUUCAUGAACAAACAGUUUCAGAGCUGCCUGCUGAGAACACUCUGCUGUGGUGCCCACCCCAGGGGCACAGGAAGAACAGCUCCAGCUGCCCCCAGCCCCCAUGCAGGCACUGCUGCAAAAGGGCUGCGGAAUAAGGUGACGCCAUCCCCCUGUCUAACUGCUGCCAACCCCUGCCUGCACCAACGUCAGCUCUGGGCUCAGCCUCAUCCAGCAUGCCCAGAGAAGGGCCCGGUGCUGUUUCUGCUCCCCACACCCAGAAGAUGGGAGGCUCUUGGAGGUUAG